GUGUGCUAUUGUUUGACGUGUCCAAUAUCAUUGUAAAUUUAUAGGGGAUGAAGUUCGGAAAAUCCAAAGAUCUGUUAUUUUACUUUUUUCCUCAGUUGCGAGUGGCGAAAUUUUCUUUUGAUUUCCUCAAGUGUUCCUACUAUUUAUAUAGGAAUAGAAAAAAAAUGAAAUUUGCUGUCAAGCUGAUGGUAUCGGCAGUUGCAGCUUUUUUCUUCAUUUUAAUUUUUGGAUUUUUAAUUUUUCCAAGAGUGAUAAAAGGAAAAAUCAAAUCGAUGACUCCAGUGGUACCAGACAGCGAUAUGAGGAAAAUGUUCACCAAAGUGCCUUUUGGUUUAGACUUCAAGAUAUAUUUGUUCAAUGUUACUAAUCCAAUGGAUGUCCAGAAGGGUUCCAAGCCAAAGUUAGUUGAAGUUGGACCUUUUUGUUAUUCAGAAUGGAAAGAAAAAAUUGAUAUUUCUGAUAAUCCCAAAGAGGACACGAUGGUUUACAAACCUAUGGAUACGUUUUUCAAAGAACACUGGACUGGCUGCUUGACUGGCGAAGAAGAAUUGACCAUUCUACAUCCUCUCAUGGUGGGUAUGGUAAACACAGUUUCUCGUACUAAACCAGCGAUGCUAUCUCUGAUCAGCAAGGCAGUUAACGCUAUUUAUCGAAAACCAUCAUCAAUUUACCUGACAGCUAAGGCAAAUGAAAUCUUGUUCGAUGGUGUUGUAAUUGACUGUGGUAUUACCGAAUUUGCAGCCAAAGCUGUCUGCACCCAGCUGCAGCAAUCACCAGAUCUUCGACAUGUUUCCGAUACCGAGCUUGCUUUCUCUUUGAUAGGACCUAAAAACGCUACCCCUGGAAAAGUCUUCAAGAUUUACAGAGGCGAAAAAAAAAGUAGAAAUUUGGGUCUUAUUUUGGAGUAUGAUGGUAAAAAACGAAUGGAUGUAUGGCCCACAAAGGAGUGUAAUACGUUUGGCGGAACUGACGGAACUAUAUUUCCUCCAUUUCUCAAGAAGGAAGAAGGACUGGAAUCGUUUUCGCCAGACCUUUGCAGAUCCUUAGUUGCCAAGUAUGAAAAGAAUACCAAGUAUGAUGGAAUCCCAGUAUGGCUUUAUACAGCUUCUCUCGGAGACAUGUCGAAGAAUGCUGAUGAAAAAUGCUUCUGCCCCACAAAUGAAACAUGUCUUAAAAAAGGGAUGAUGGAUCUGUUUAAAUGUAUCGGUGUUCCUAUAUACGUCUCACUGCCACAUUUUUACGACUCUGAUGAAAGUUACCUCAGAGCUGUUGAAGGUUUACACCCUUCGAAAACGCUUCAUGGCAUAGAAAUUUAUUUCGAACAUAUGACAGGAGGACCAGUUUCGGCUAGAAAAAGGUUGCAGUUCAAUAUGCCGAUAGAGCCAAUACCUAAAAUAGCUAUUUUUAACGAUCUUCCGACUCUUGUACAUCCAAUAUUUUGGGUCGAAGAGGGAGUCUCCUUGAACGAUACAUUCACCAAGCCGAUUAAGAAUCUCUUCACAAUUUUAAAAGUGGUGAAAAUAAUCAAAUGGAUUAUAUUGAUGGCAUCCUUAGUGGGAAUUGUAAUUGCUGCUUAUUUGAUGUAUAAGAACUCCGUUACUCUCAAUUUGAACUCUGUCCAUAAGGUCCAACCUUCAGAUGGAGCAUCGCCAGCUGAUGGCCUUGGUGAAAAUGAAAAAUCUAACCAUUUCAAUCAUGAUUUAGAUAAUGUAAAUUGAGUUGAUUAUUUGACCUGGAUUGUUGAUCUUUCUGAAAUGUCGUCAUAUGUUGUUUUCUCAGUAGUAUUUUUUACAUUGGGAUCAAAUUUCUUUAUAUGACCCUAAGCAUUAAUUAUGUUAGAUACUUUAAACUACUUAGUUCAGGCUUAGUUUAUUUUAUUAAUUUGUACGAAUCUUAUUUUCUAUUCGUGAAUUUGAAAUUAUUCAGUAAGUAAGUAAGAUCGAAUAAUAUCGACAACCUACAUUUACAUAGACCCUGUCCAGGCAUUAUUUUUUCAUUAUUGAGAAUUUAUAUUUGAUUAUUAUCGAGAAUAUAUAUUGAAUAGGUCUAUAUAUAAUUACUGGGAAUGUUUUUUGUCCCGACAUAUUUGAAAUUUCUCACUUUCCAU